AUGACAGACCGGCCAGUUUUAAGUUUAGAGCUCGCUGUGAGGUGCUGCAGGAACAUGAACAUGAAAAACUGCUACAGAGAGCAAAACCACUGUGUAGGAGUUGCAGUAGAUGAUAGCCAAACACCAGCAACAGGAUCGCUACCAAACUGUGAUACACCAAGUGGGACACCAAGUGAGCCACUGAGUGAGACAACAAGUGAGCCACUGAGUGAGACAUCAAGUGAACCACUGAGUGAGACAUCAAGUGUGACAUCAAGUGUGCCACUGAGUGAGACAUCAAGUGUGACAUCAAGUGAGCCAUCAAGUAGGACAUCAAGUGAGCCACUGAGUGAGACACCAAGUGGGACAGUAGGAGGGACAGAAAAGGAAGGAGAGAGCUCUGCAAGUACAUCCUCUACAGUGACUAUAGUUGCUAGUGUCUUUGGCUGUCUGAUAGUCCUAAUUCUGGCAGCACUGUUGGCACUUCAGCUAAUUCGCAUCUUCCGCAAGAGAAAGUACCAUCAGCAUACCAUUAGUGGAAGAACAGAAAAUAGUGACACUACAGCGCAGAAUACGUACGCACAAGGGCCACCAUUGCCAGGAGAGCCCGCUCCAUAUGAGCCUGCCGUUGUGAAUGGGUCAGGAGCAAAGGACCUCCCUCUACACCAACAACAGCCAUCUCCCUAUGAAACUGCCACUGUCACCAAUGGAGUUUACUCUCUACUGGAGCCACCAGAUGAGAUACAGAGCAGGGGCCAGCCUGGAGGAGACAGGACCGACACCACUGUUGACCAACAUAUUUACGAGGACGCAGACAGAUAUGUCAGCUCUCCUGAGUGUGGCAUUGUCAAUGCUGACUAUGAGGUGUCCCUGAAGAGUGCAAGAGAUCCCAAUAAAAGCCCUCUGCCUGCUACUGAUGGUGAUGACUAUGCUGACCCAGACGAUGCUCUGUUUGAUGAUGAAGAGUAUGAAACACGACCAAAGACCAUCAAGUAUCAGCCUUCAGAUGAAAAUGACUACUCUGUUCCCAGUGAUGCCAUAAUUGAGGAGACCGAUAACCAAGAAUCACAUGAUGGAAUCCUCAACCCACUCUACCACGAGCUGGGGAAGAACAUGAACCAGGUUAAACCCAACAAUGACCCUUCAAUAACUGGAGUGCCCAAGGGAAAAGCAGCCACUGUCGAGUCUACAAUGUAUGAGCCUGCUGUGUCAGCACCUCGUCCAUCUACUGCUCACUCAGACAUGGAGCCUAUCACCACCUCACAUGUGGACAUUGAGACUACAUCCUCACACCAGGGUACUCAAGAUAACACCUUGUCUGACAGGGAGGACAGCACACCACAAAGCACAGUGGAUCAGCACAAGCCCACAGACCCAGAGACUUAG